AUGUUUCAGGAUGGUGGGGAUGGUCGGCAGGCAACCCUCGGAGCCCCCAGGGUCGACUCGACGUCGCCGAAGUCGUCGACGAUGCCGUGGAGGGCGGCGGCGGCCGCGGCCGGCGGCGGCGGCGGUGGAGACGAAGCCAUGGACGCCCAGGUCGCACGGUCGGUGUCCCUGUCGAUCUCGAUGGCCGGGAGAUGGGAUGAGGAGGGUGGCGGCGGCGGCGGCUCGUCCCAGAAGGGGACCGGCGGCUCGUCCCAGAAGGGGACCGGCGGCGGCGGCAGCGGCAGCGGGAAGUUGAAGAUUCGGAAAAUGUUCACACUCAAGAAUCUGCGAACAAGCAAAGCGGAUGCAGCGGCGGAAUCGGCUGCGGCGGCUGCGGCGGCGGCGGCGGCGGCGGCUUCCGCAGCUCGAGGCGCAGAGAGCAACGCCGGGCAGCACAGAACCGGCAACAGCACCAACUCCCUCGUGAAGCCCUCCCCCUCUAACCGACGGGACGACGCCGCCACCGCUGCCGUGGCAGCAGCAGGAGGAAACGCCUCUAACGGCGGCGGUGGCCUGGGUACCAACGCCGAUUAUUCUCCGGUGCCGAACGGCGGCGUUGGCGGCGAAAAAGAAGGCGCUUCUUUUUUCCCGGGUUGGUCGGUGCCGACAAGCUCCACCUUCUCCGGCGCUGGCCCCGGGAAAGUGGUGGACUUGGGUAGCAUCGGCGGCGACAUGGGGCACCGGGCGUUGCCCCUGACGGGGGGGUCGGGGGGUACGAGGGGCAGCGGCGGCGUCGGGUUGCGCGCCCGAGCAUCAACGGAGACAACGUCGCUGCCGGACAGCGAUAGGAAGCGGUCGUUCAGCCUGACGGGGAGGGGGGAGCCGGAGGCGGCGGCGGCGACUUCGGCGCCGCCCGUGGCGGGGAGGGGUAACAUCGUGGACGUUAUCGUGGUCCACGGGUCGGACCCCGUUCCCCCCGGGUACUCGAAGCUGGAGCGGUCGUCCGGGGGUAGGCGAGCGGACCUGAACACGGGGGCACGCGGACAGUACGUCUAUCUCGCUGUGAGUAUUGUACCCACGGACCAUAGAUAG